AUGCUACUUUGUUUUUAUACCUUGUCAAAGCAUUAUUUUUUCAAUUCAGCCAUGUGGUUUGCUCUGCAACUUUCUCUUUUUUUGAUUUACUUAAGUUUUCCCAAAUGGGUCUGCACAUCAAAGCUAAAAAAUUAUUUAGAUCUUGACUUGCGGCUUAUGACACAACUGAAAAGCUAUUCUGAGGACCUGCAGGGCCAAAUAGAAGUGUUGAACAAUUAUAUAUAUGAAAGAAGAGCCAAGCUAGCUGAAGCUGAGAACGAUCGCGAAAGCUUCUUAGGAAAUCCUUUUAAUAGCUACUCAUUACUUCACCAUAUGCACUUUGAUUGGCAGUCUUGGCGAAUGCUCAUGGAGGAGCCCUUGGCUGAAGAGCAAAUCGACGAGAUUCGUGACAUGCUCACCCACAUCCCAACAAAAGGUGAAUUCAUGAAUUCCAUUAAAGGAGCUAUAGAUUUCCAGAGUGGAGAAAACCCCAACUCACAAACAAAUCGCGAAGAUUUAAAAUUAAAAUUUAGCCCACUGGAAACCCUGGAAAUCGCUCAGUACGUAUACGAUCAAGAAAACUUUGAACAGGCAGAAAUGUGGCUAAAUCGUACUCUUAAGGGCUAUAAAGAGUUUGGUCCCCAACAAAAGAAGCUGUAUGAAGUAAUAAGCCCUGUCAGUGAGAGUCAGGUGCAGGAUCUUUAUGAAAAAGUUUUGCAACUAAGAAAAAGUGUUGCUUAACAUUUUUUUUUUUAAAUUAAGUUAUACAGUUUAAAAUGUCUAGACAAAUAAAAGCUUUAAUUCUGUUCAUGGCUUCA